ACUCCGCCGGGGCAGCAGCCGCGCGCACAGGAGGAGGAGCCUGCGGCUGGCAGCUGCCGUCGAGCCGCGCGUUCUCUCUGCUCCUCUCGCCAAACCCUUGCCGGAGUUCGCUCGCGCGCAAGCGGCCGAGCAGCGACAGCCGCGUGCGGGCCUGUGGCGGUGGCAGCCCCGGCGAGCGAGCGAGGGAGGUUCCCGCUGAGCCCGCCGCCGCCGCCCUGCUCCCUCCCCGCCUGGCCUGGGCUCCUUCUCGAUGGCCGCGGGCUGCAGGGACGGCCCGGGGCAGGAAAAGUACCGGCUGGUCGUGGUGGGCGGCGGCGGAGUGGGCAAGUCCGCGCUCACCAUCCAGUUUAUCCAGUCCUACUUUGUAACUGACUAUGACCCUACAAUUGAAGAUUCCUACACAAAACAAUGUGUAAUAGACGAGAGAGCAGCAAGGCUGGACAUCCUAGAUACAGCCGGCCAAGAAGAAUUCGGAGCUAUGCGGGAACAAUACAUGAGGACAGGAGAAGGCUUUCUGCUCGUGUUUUCAGUCACCGAUAGAGGAAGUUUUGAAGAAAUUUAUAAGUUUCAAAGGCAGAUUCUUAGAGUGAAAGAUCGUGAUGAAUUCCCUAUGAUUCUUGUUGGUAACAAAGCUGAUUUGGACCAUCAAAGACAGGUAACACAAGAGGAGGGGCAGCAACUAGCAAGACAGCUUAAAGUAACGUAUAUGGAAGCAUCAGCAAAAAUACGACUAAAUGUAGACCAAGCAUUUCAUGAACUUGUCAGAGUUAUAAGGAAAUUUCAAGAACAAGAAUGCCCUCCUUCCCCAGAGCCAACAAGGAAGGAAAAAGACAAGAAAGGAUGCCAUUGUGUCAUCUUCUAAGAAUCCUCUAAGCCAAGCUAUCAACUGCCAGAUCAAUGGAUUCUUUCACCUGUGUUUCAAUGUCUCCCUUGGUGUCUUGUCUAGCCUUAUAUGUGCAUGUUGUAUAAAUGGUCACCACAAUAGCCUUAGUCUGAGUGAAACUGGCUGACCCAGUCCUAGAAGACAGUUUGGUCAUCUCAGGGCAGAUGUCAAGCACUAAGGCUUCUUUUAAUACCCUACUUUCUCCCCUUGAAGAAGCUUGCACCUUGUGGAGUUUUAUUCACAAUGGAAUCAAAACAGUCUUAGAACAAGGUAUUUGAAGUCAAGCUUAAAAGUUGAUGUGUGAGUAUUCCCCCCCCCCACUUGUGAUGCCUUUUGUUAAUCACACUCGAGGGAGUCCUCUAAUCAAAAUAUAGAGUAUUUUUUUAAAACGGUGGAUUUGGAGGUUUACAUGUUGAUUAGGUUAAACUUCAAAAUUCAGCUUGCCUUACAGGAAGCCAAUACACUGAAUUUCAUUGUCAGUAAAGUUUUAUGUUUCAGCUCUUGUUUAUGCUGCAGCUUUUUUUAGUGGUCAGCCGUCUACUGUAUUUAUUUUAUGGUUCCAGUAACAGCUACAGGAUUAUUACUGCAACUAUGUGGCCAAAUAGCCUGGACUCAUUCUGGACUUGGGCAUUUCAGUUAGAAGAUUUUUACAUCAUGGGUUUGGAAUAAAAAUUAUUUGUCUUCCUUUUGUAU